AUGACGCCAGGGCAACUGCGGAUCCCUGCAAAUCCUCCCAAGGUCCUCUACCAGUCGCGCCCAGCCAGCAAGCCAACUUUCACCACUUGCAGGGGUCGGGGUCUGGAGCUGUUGGUGGCCCGUGCUGCACCACCAUGCAGAACGACUACCACAGCACCACACACUCCCACGCUGCCCUCUUUGUCCGUCCAGCGACUACUCAGGUGCAACUCACGGCCAGAGAAAGCGUUCGCAGAGGCAAAGCGGCUGGCUGCGCAAUUCACACAGUCGCUCUCGGGACUACUCAAGCCACCAGGCGAGCGCGUCAAGAGCGUCGAGAUGUCCCACUAUCCGUAUGGCUAUGGCUUCCAAGGCCAACAGCCGCCCCAACAACAGUACCCGCCGUAUCAACCCUAUGCCGCCUACCCUGCUCCUGGUUAUGGCGCACAACCUCCUCCCCAGCAACAGCCCCCGGCUGCUACGGCCGACUACUACACCGCGACACAGUCUGCUUACGACUACAAUGCGAAUAACAUCCCCGGCCUGGGCACACCGUUGACAGCCCCUCAGUUCCCCGUCCCGUUCGGCGGGCAAUGGGAGCAAGGUGGAUAUGGAACGUCUGCCACGCCAGGCCCCUAUCCUACGUAUAACUCCUCAACUUUCGUCCCUAUCCCACCUGCCCAGCCAUCUCAGGCGAAUCCUCAAGCCCGCGCACCGGUGCCACCAGAGGCGCAACCGAACCCGCAGUACAGACCAGAUUCUCCCCGUCAACAAAGCAAGCCGCGGCCGAGGGAGGAGCAGUUGAAGGAGCAGUCGAGUCAGCCGUUGAAAGAUGUCGACUCCCAAGACGAAGGUGAGAUUAGCGAUGGCGAGUUCGACGACCUUUACGAGGAUGUCUAUGACCAGCCGUCUGUGGCGCCAAAGACUAAAGCAGCGUCUCCCACGUCCUCUGAGGACCAAGCUGCAAGUAGUACAGACCAAGGGGCCAACUUCUAUGAUACCGAAAUGGAGGAAGUGUCUGCCUCAAAUGAUCGUCUCAAAACUGCCACAGCCAAGGCACCGAGCGAUCAGGAUCUGAGAGAGCAAGAGCCAAUGCGCUCAGAGCGCGAUCGCUCAGGGUCAUAUUCUCCGUACCUCUCGCCCAGAGAAAUCGAACAGGACGACCCGCCGCCACAAAUCGGGGCUGAUGACGCGCAAGGACGCUCUCAAGUCCAAUUCAACUCGACCAACAACGAUGCCAUUGCCGUUUCAUCUACCAGUAGUUCCGCGAAUGUCCAAGAACAGGUCAUUGAUGCCAAUCAGAGCAAAGAAACUGAUGUUGCCAUCAACCAAUCAGGCUCAGGCUCGAUUGCUUCGCAGUCUUUCAGGAGCUUGCCAGAAGCUCAGAAUGAAGCUAAGAAGGCGAUCCUUCGGUUGCUGCCUCAUGGCGUCAAAUACCAGACAUACCUUGACGAAGGCUUUGACGAAAAGGUUAUCAAAGAUCUCUUCAUCCAACUUAAUCUUGCUCCUGCAACCGCCGAUUCCGUACCAUCUGUGAAGCCAUUGGAAGUACAGGAGAACAAAUCCCAGGACCAGGCUGCGCCGCCAUCCCAGGCCUCUCAGGCGGACGAUAUGGCAAAGAAGCAGGAGGAGCGCAAGGACAAGAUCGCCCGUCUAUUGGCUGAAAAGAAGGCAAAAGCUGCGGCGGAGGCUACCACAGCACCAAAAGCUCCUUCGACAACCAUAUCUACAGGUGCUUCAACUCCUUCGACACCUGCAAACAAGCCCACCACCCAAGCGCAGAAGACUCUACUUUUACAGCAGAAAAUGGAAGCCCUGCGCAAAGCACGAGAGGCCCGGACUCAGCAAGCUAGCCAGAAGCCUAAUCCGCCCAAAGCGCCAGAAACCAAUCUUCCCAAAAAGCCUUCGCCGAUGCCCCCAGCGCCAGGAUCGGCAGUCGCAGCCGCAGCGCAGACCUCAGCUGAGCUAAACUCUACUGUUCAGAUUGACGUGCCCUCAGGAACGCUACCUACACCCUCAGAUCAUCCACGAAAUAUAGCAUCCCGACCCAACUCAGGCAUCCAGAGUCCAGCCUUGUCUGGAUUGUCAAACAAGCCAAUCAACCAGCGAAAGCGCCCUGUGGCAGCCGACUUUGUGGAUUAUCCGACACAAGCUAUCAAGCGGCCCUUGCUUCCCAGCCGGCAGGCCUCGUCAUUGGUAAUCAGUGUUAGCGAUGACGAAGAGGAAGAAGAUGAUGAUGACGUUGACAUGGAGGUGGACUCAACCACCGAGGACUCUCCUGCACCGACACAGCAAACCAUCAAUCUUCCUCGUAGAGGACCAUCGGUUCGCGACUAUCCUCCGUUGACGAACGCUGGUCCGCCGCGCCAUUUGUCCAGCCCCGCGCCUGGGACACCAGGUGGUAAGACCGCUACUGUUGACUUGAAAGCUAUGGAGAAGGCAAUCGCGGACUACAAGCGGAAGAUUCAGGAGGCAGAAGCGCGAGCCAAAGUCAAGCCAAGUACCGGUUCUUCCACGCCUCAGUCGCCGAGUGCUGGCGGCCUGACACCCACAGAGCAAGCAACGAAGUCUUUGGUACAUCGUGUAGUGUCUAGUAGCGACGUCGACGAUAAGAAUGGUCCAUCCGCUCAGCUACUACAGGAAGCCGAGGCGGCAAAAACCCCAAAGCCUACGGUCCUCUCACCCGUUGUUGGCCACUCCAGAGUCGAGCGUCGCGUGAGAACAACAAGCGCUCAGUCCCCGCGGCUUUCAACUAAGCUUCAGGACAAGAUCGCCGAGUUGAAGCGGAUGGAAGAGGAGAGGAGGCGGCUACAAGCUGAAAUCGAUGCGGAGCUGGCUCAGCAACAGAUGGAGGAAGAGGACAUGGAUGAGCUCGGAUCUGACUCUGCCGGAGAGAUUGCUUCAGAGACUACACCCACAGAUAAGGGUGCUCCGUCAAGUAGCGAGGCAGGCCAAGAUGAAUCGCAACGCGCCGCUCUCGACGGACCAUCGCACUCGUUACCCAUGGACCUGGAAUCGGUGUCCAGGAAGUCGGAUUCGGAGGUGGAGCCUUCGACAUCUACGUCCUUAGCUCCAGCGCUUGCUGCUGUUGGCGAGGCAGUGUACAUCCCGCCAGCCACUCAAGAGCCCACCCGUGCCGACGAUGCUGCUUCGCCUCUGGCCAGUCAGCCAGCGGAAGUCUUGGCCGCUAUCGCAACUGUUGCUACUGCCGAGGAGCAGGUGGUAGCUGCCGCCGACGGUAGUACGUCUGAUGAUUACGAGCCUCCAGACGCGGCUGGUCAUGGCCGCGGUACGAUCGACUCUCCGCCUUUCAGUCCUGCGCCUGCCGAGAAUGUCACAAAUGCGGACGCCCCAGUUGGCGAAUCUCAAGAAAUUACUCCGCCCACGACAAUGCCAACCCAGAUUUCGACCGCCACGAUACCCAAUGAUGAUCCGACAAUCGAAGCGCGCGCGGACUUCUUCGCACAUCCUUCAUCGCGCACUGCAGACGUCCUCAGAGAAGAUGCCCGCGACUCUGUCCCAGCCCCGCAAACCUCCUUCACCAAUUACGAGAGCCCUUUGCGAUAUUACCAUGCUUUCCGAUUCCACCCAAACUACAGUGAGAGCGUUGCAGGUGGACUCAAAUCAUUGACAUACAGUAACAGAAUCGAUCCAAAGAGGGAGAUCUGUCCCGAUGAAUUGGACGGGCAAGACUGCCCAAGAGGAAACGCCUGUCAAUUUCAGCAUUUCUCCCACAUGGUUGCUCCUGAUGAUAAGAUUAUCCUGGAGCUCGGCAGCUCAGACGACUUGGCGGGGGACCAGAAGAAGACGUUCAACAACGGGCUUAGAGAGUUGGUUGCAUCCUUCCAGAAGUCUAAGAUCCGAGACUUCAGGACUAUCGCCCAAGGAAUCGUCGAAUUCCGCCGCCGUUUCCUCGGCGAUUCUUCCAGGGUUCUUCACCUUGAAGGUGUCAGCAUCUGA